AUGAGUAUUUUACCAGUCCUGAAUAUAUCAAGCAUAAUUUUCCGCUAUUCUGGCCUCGUCGGAAAUCUCAUAGCUAUCUCUUCAGCUGCUCAAGUUCCACCAGGAAGUCCCCCCUUGCGGUAUAUAUACGAUCAACUCCUUGCGAUCCAGUCGGAACUGCAAGAUGGCCUCCUUGCUUUGCAGAAGGAAAAGUCCGCAUCAGAUGACGAAAACCAUACUACGAUACUAAAUUGUGCGAGGGCGUGUGUAAGGGACUGUGACACUCUUCUUAAAGCUGCCAAGACAAAUCUCGAGAGAGAGACUCAAAAUGGGCAAGGGGGACAGUUCCUGCGGUUAGUUGAUCAGCUGUUUGUGCCUCCAUAUUUUGGAAAUCUCCAAAGCGCGAUCAGUGAGUAUACUCGACCAAGUACUCGUCACUUGGCGAACAACAUCUUAUGUCAUGUGCAUUACCAAUUGGAAGACAUUGAAAAUCGCUUCGGCAUUUCUCUAGGAUGCAAUGCUUUUGAAGAGCUCCAACGGUCUACAGGCCUUGUUGACGCUCAACUCGGCCAAAUUCCUUGCGGAACAGAGGCUUGGGAAGAAAUCUGUGACAGACUGCAAUGCAUAUUAUCCAACCUUCACCACUUACAGACGGCACUCCCAAUGUUAUGCGCCCUCAACCAUAGCGAGAGAUCACUUCGACAGAGUAGGAUCUCGAAAGCCUUUGAGGGAACGUUCUCCUGGGUCUUUCAAGAACAAGCAGACGAUGCCAUCCAUGCUCAAUCUUUGUUGCGUCGCUGGCUUAUUUCAGAUCACAGCCUCUUCUGGGUCACAGGAAAACCAUGCUCGGGGAAAUCGACAUUGAUGAAAUUUGUUUCCGAACAUCAGGAUACCCGAAAUUUACUGCAGAAAUGGGCUGAGCAUAGGGAGCUGUUGAUCGUCAAUCACCACUUUGAUGCUACGGGUCUACCAAUCCAGAGAUCGUUUGAGGGACUCCUAAGGUCCCUCGCAUUUGGAAUUCUCAGUGCGAAGCCAAAUCUCUUGAAGAAUUCGCCGUCCAGCCUUGGCUCAGCAUCGAGCACCUUGCCGGCAACUUUCAAAUUAGGACACAUAUUAAGCUCCAUAACAAAGAACAAUGUUCCUGUUAACAUGUGUUUCUUUAUCGAUGGGCUGGAUGAAUAUGAGGGAGAUAAUGCUAAGUUGUGUCAACUGAUAGAAGAUCUAUCGUCUCUCCCCCAUGUCAAAGUCAUUGUCUCUAGCAGACCAUUGGCUGUGUUUGAUGAUUCACUCAAUAUCUCCUCCGAAGCCAAACUAUCUAUGGAAGAGGCCAAUCGAGGAGAUAUCAACAGAUAUAUCACAUUUCAGUUGGAGGGAAGCCAUCUGCAAAGCUAUAUGGACCGUUCGAACUAUAGGGAUCUUGAUGUCGAGUCCCUUGGUGCUCAAGCACAGGGGAACUUCCUCUGGGCUGUUUUGGUAACUCGCUUUCUCCUUGAGGAGCCGUCUCUUUUGCUUGAUGCCUACAACGGAGCAGAGAAUGUUGCAGACAUCCCCCACAACCUACCAAGCCUAGUCAAGAGUGUGACAAAAUCCUCGAACUUCCAGGCUUGUGGAAAAGCUGCUGAGUAUCUGACAAUCACUCGCGAAGCAAAACGAAGCCUAGCUGCCGAAAUUCUCUACUUUCACAACUUCGACUUUGGCAAUGACAUGUACGCUUUUGUGACACCAACGGACCUUUUGUCGCCCCACGACGAGAAAACAAAACAAUUACAUCACCAGGUUCAUCGCGACAUCAUACAGACAUGUAGAGGACUGCUGGAAGUUGUCGAUGGACAAGUUGCCUUCGUGCAUCGAGCUGUUUUGGAAUUGAUGCAUUCUGAAGAGUUUCAUAACUACUUACUCACCAAAGUUCGGAAAGGGUUCGAUUCCGAUCUCUCAGUCUUCAAAGCGUCAGUUUCUUGGCUCAAGCGCAAAUCUUUCAGGAGCGGCGAAUUCAUCGACUUACAGCCUGAGCCGGCAGCGGUCAGUCUAGCGUAUGUGAAGAGCCUUUCGAAAUUCCAUAAGAAAUUAGCAAGUACCUUGCCGGAUUUUCAAGAUACAUUCAAUCAACCAGUCGACGUUUACUGGAUGACAAAGGUUGUCAACAUCCGAGGAGGCUUUCGCAACGUGUGCAAGCACGAAAUAUGGUUGGAUGUUGUCAAAAACUUGGGUUAUAGCGACGAUACUGCAAUAUCAGUUUCAGACUCACUCAAGAAGCUGUAUGAGCGAUGGCUUCAUCCAUACGAAGAGCAUCUGCACCAAAAGAAGCUAGAAGAACACGAUCCCAUGAAAGAUAUUGAAGACCUUGUUCAGAGCUUGAGGAAGUGUCUUGAAUAUGCACGACGUUGCGACCAAAAAGAAAACACCGUUGCCACAACCUGGGCACUACUUGACAACAUAGAAGAAUCUCUGUUGUCCAUGACUGCGAGGAAUCAAUUCAACAUAUCAGAUAUAUCUAUGACAAGGGGCAUUUACCGUCAUCUUGUGAUUGAAUCUGGUAUUCAGAGAUACAUUGCGAACAAACUCUGGGUUGACCCAGGAUAUUGUGACAACAAAUAUUCACAGAACUACCGAUCACCUCUUUGUUCUGCGCUUGGUGCAGCAUCACAUAACCUUCAUCCUGCGCAUCUAGGCCCAGAGUCUAUUGACAUGUCUCUAUUCAAAUCACUUCUUGCUCUUGGUCAUAAGCCAAAUAAGUUUCACCUUACAGGGGAGACACCAUGGGUAACUUUUGUAAAUACCCACGUUCCUGACACGUUAUGCAAUUCAUUCCCGAGGCUUGGUAAGAUAAACAUCAAUCUGGUAAAUGAGAUAUCCAUUCUCAUGCUUGAACAUGGGGCCAGGCCAGGAGAUCAUGUUGAACUUCUGGACAAGAAAUCGAGGACGUGGAAAGUUCCAGUUUGGUUCAAGUUCCUCAUGCUGGCUCAUUGGGUACCGACUUUUGAACAGGCCAUGUUCGAACGUGUUUUCAGUAUGAUGUUGGGGAGGGCCCCUCAUAUCCCAGAUUCAAGAGCUUUACUGGAACUCAAAUCUGAUGGCGAAACAUAUGAAUGGAUUCCUUUUCCGUUAUGGGCAAUCAGUGCUGACAAUUUUGCCCUACCUAACGUGUCAGAUUCUAGCCUAUCUGAUGCUGAUUUUGUAUUCAGGGUGUUUGCAGAAGUCUGUGAAAAGAAUCUGGAUAACCUGGAAAUGUCUGAAAGGUCUCGAAAAUACCUUUCGAGUUACUUCCUUCCAGACUACCCGGAGCUUGGCAGACAAAUCCUGAUGCUCAUUCCCGGAAGCGACUCUAGGACGAUAGGUUUCACAACAAUCACCUCAGCCACGCGGGACAGAAACACAGAUAGCAUUAGUGGUCGAAAUUCUACGGUUGCGACGUCAAUUGAGCUUCCAGAAGGUAUAGAGGUUGAAUCUACUAAAGAAGGUGCAGUGUGCAAUAGUACGAGAGCAGAGGUGGAUGCAAUAAUGGACGAAGUUGGCUCGAUUCAGUCAAUCGAAGAAGACAUCCAGUCACACAACAGCAGCAUUGCGCGAACUCCAGUUAUCAUCGCCGCUGAGCGUCAAAUUGGUGAUUUGCUUUCCCGGCAUCCGGAUCUCCGUUUUAUCAUUGAUAUAUCCUCAGAACUCAUGCCAAAGGAAAGGCUCGAGCGCAAUGUGCGGAGAUCACUGAAGCAUUUGUACCUGAAACUCAGAGAAUACACGGAAAAGAACAUCGAAACCCAGGUUCUGACGACUCGAAUGCUUAAAGGGCGAGGUUCAAGGACUAGAAUCUCAAAAAGAGCUGUCGAUGGCGGGUUAGCAACAUCAACUGCAAGGAAUAGCAAUGAAGAAGACGAAGAAAUCAGGCCAAGUUUCCGGAAGGAUCGAGCUUAUCUCAACAACUGGAUAUUGAAAACGGAACUGUCUGCGAGACCAGAUGAGAAGCCUCAGCAGCCAGCAGAUGAGACUAGUGACACCAAACUUACAGAAGAUAAUGACGACAUGUACGAUGAAAUAGAAAGCGAUUCCGGAGAUUUCCAAGCAGUUCAAAUCGCAGAAGAAUUCCUCAUGAAGGGUCCUCCUUUCCGGGCGUUCUUGGGGCACCUUGGACUCUCUUUGUUACCUGAUACUCUCAGACAGGUCAUGCAAUUAGCUGCUUGGGAUACCAUUGAAAUGAUCGACACCCCGGCUGAAGUCUCAAUUUUUGAUCAAAUCAAGCUUGCUGCGGAAAAGGCGACCGGCAGCCCCUGGGAUUGGUGGCCACUCAAACCGCCAGAAGUACCUUUGCCAAGGGGCUACGUACGAAUGAACUGGGCCUGUCAUUGCGGCAAGCCGCUUUCGAUAGACAUUACUCCCUCUCAAGCACAAGUCAUUGAGAGAAUGACCAAGAACCAUACCGCGUUCGCUGAGGACCAUCACAAAGUCGCCCAUACCAGGCGAAAUAACUUCCAAGGGUUCACAGCGUGGUUCAAAUGGAACUCCGGAGCCCUUUUACCUGUCUCGACGCCAGUAUCCCAAGGUAGUCAACAACCGCCUGGUGUGGGAGGCAACAACCGAAUCCAGCAGGGGGUGACUACUACAGAGCAGAACAACAUCCCGCCUGUGGCUAUUCAUGAUCUGAGGAUCUUGUUUGGAGUACCCAUGGGGCUUAAGACGCUACAUGUGAUCCCAAUCCCGGUCCAUCAACCAGAUAGCAACGUUUUCACACAGUUGAAGGCCGAGUAUUUAAAAACGCGAGGCCGAUGGAGAGCUUGGUUCUCUUUCUGGCAGCUCAGUCACUGCAAUUUCGUUAAGUUCGAGAGCAUUACCCGCAACAUUGUUGUCGCAUGUGGUCAAGAUCUGCCAAAGGCUAGCGACUUAGACUACGAUUAUGCACCAAAGCCUCCUCAAGCAUCAAUACCACCUGUUCAUCCACAUAUCUUUGAAGCUGCAUUCAACAGCUGCACUGGCGGUAAAUGCCGAAACCUCUCUCCUUUUCACGACUGCUACGAGUUUGAAGAAACGACUUACAUAAAGAGAAUUCCAAAGAAAAAGACGCCACUUUCACCUGGAACGAUUGAUAUCCCCAUCUGGGGUCUCGAAGCCCGACAUUGCAUCUCGUGCUUUCAUGUUAUUAUAUAUCACUUGCUUAUUCUCAUUCCUCCUUUUGUAUUGUGGGGAUGGUGGAUGAGUAGACAUCCCGAUGACAUACAAAGCGCAUCUGUUCCCAUGACUAUUGUUUUGGCAAUGAUUUCCAUGUUUUGGAGUGCUACGGGAAUUAUGAAGCAAUUUCGUGGCGAGUCAUAG